AAAAAAAAAAGGUGAUAAAGCACAAGUAAUAACACAUGAUCACCUUUUGGUGCACAACAGCUUUAAACCAAUAAAAUGGUGGAGUCAGUGAAUGCAUGAUUACACAUCAUCUUGCACCUUCUGGCAUGCUGGCCUCGGGCGAAAAACGUAAUGUGCCAUUCGUUCUGUUCUCUUCUCUGUUUCUAAUGUGUCAUGUCCUUCCCCCCCCCCCCCCAGCCCUCCAGCUGCCACUGGCCAACGAUGGGGGCAGCCGAUCAUCGUCUUCAGAGAGCUCUCCUCAGCACCAUCCCUACCCCAGCCGCCCGCGACACAUGCUCACCCUGCCCACGCCUCCGUACGGCCUGCAGAAGAGCUUAGAGAAUGCAGAGAUCGACCAAAAACUGCAGGAGAUCAUGAAACAGACGGGUUACCUGAAGAUCGACGGUCAGCGGUAUCCAGCGGAGGUGACGGACCUGAUCAGCGAGGGGGAGAUCGGCAGCGGGACCUGUGGACAGGUCUUCAAAGUGCGAUUCAAGAAGACCGGCCAUGUCAUCGCUGUCAAACAAAUGCGUCGCACAGGAAACAAGGAUGAGAACAAGAGGAUCCUGAUGGACCUGGAUGUGGUGCUGAAGAGUCAUGACUGCCCGUACAUCAUCCAGUGCUAUGGAGCCAUAGUUACCAGCGUGGGUGUCUCCAAAAUACAUACACAGGCACCUUAAACAAACCUUAAACAAACUGCUAAAAGCUGUGUGUGUGUG